CUGAGUGGAUGGCCGCCGUCGAUUUCGUGAGCAACUGUGCAUCGCUGCCAACACUCGGUGCUAGUUCAUGCUGACGCGUCACAGAUCAACGAAUGUGGCAAGAUGUCGGACGACCGGCGAAACGAGACCCAGCUCUUGUGUGAUAUUGUGGGUUUGGAAAGCCUGGUUGAUGAGAUAACGUCCAAGAUGUUGGGGACUUCCAACUCCGAAACCCCCUCUGCCAUUCUGGGCCCGUUCUACCGGCACGAUGCGCCAUUGUUGCCAAACGGUAGCUCCAUUGUUCGAAAUCUGAGUCCUGCAGUGUCCUGGUACGACCAAGCAGUCGCCGACUCCGCUCUGAUAACGGGCCGCGUCUUGGCAAGCUCGGGCGCGCCGAUUAAGGGGGCGAUCGUGGAUGUGUGGCACACGGCGCCCAAUGGGUUGUAUGAGCAGCAGGAUGAGUCGCAGCCGGAUAUGAACUGUCGAGGCCGGUUCCAGACCGACGCUGAGGGUCGCUUCGCUUUCUAUGCACUGCGGCCGGUCGCGUAUCCUAUUCCUAACGACGGACCGGCGGGGAAACUGCUGAACUUGCUGGAUCGGCAUCCUUAUCGGCCGGGUCACAUCCACGUCAUUGUUUCCGCGCCAGGCUUCCGAGCUUUGACGACCCAGCUGUAUGACGAUCGGGACAAAUACAUCUCCAAGGAUGCCGUGUUUGCUGUCAAGGAUGAACUGGUGGUCAAAUUUGUACCACGCGAGGGAGACCCCAACGCGCGGUGGUCACUCAAGUACGACUUCGUGCUCGGUCGUGGUUGAUCUCGGUAGUAGGGGGGUUAUCAGGUGUAUUUGUGAUGUAGGCUGAAGCAGCAAAGAGGCACCUCGCCCCGUCUUCGUUUCGUUUCCUCAUCGCUACACUCUGCAGCCAGCUGUUCAAAGUUG